GGAUCCGGAGGCUUAUGCUUUCCAUAGUCCAUACUAUCUCACAAUAAAUUAGUAAUUGAAAUUUCAAAAUUUGUUUUUGGGAUAUUCCCUUCUCUGCAACCGAGGAGGUUCACCUUCCUCGUCGUUUUCCGUCUGAGAAGAAAAUGGAAGGCGGUGAAAAGAGGAGUGGAUCCCCUGUUGUUGCCGACCCUGCCUCCUACAAGAAGCCCCGCCGGAGUGAGGUUGUUGAAGAUCCGUCCAUAGUAGAGACGGAAGAGCCGAUUGUAGAGAUUGAUAAAGAGUCCAUUGUAAAGGCUGAUGAUGUUUCGGAGACUGAUGAGGAGCCUAAGAUCCAUUACCCAAAGCCUGAUAACAAGGAGGAUGCCCUUAAAAUCAUGAACGAGAGGCUUACUUUGCAGCUCGGUCUAAGGUGGAUAGUGUACAGAUUCAUGGUUCUUGAGGAUGAAAAGGAGAGGUUUUUAUCAUCAGUGGAAUCCUUGCAGCAAGAGUUUGAUAAGGAGAAGUCACUAAUAGAUCUUUUUGAGGGUCCCCCAAAUUUUGUUUUAGUGGCUGUGGAAGCAAACGCCCUAGAGGAUGCUAAGGCUAAGUCCGGUGUUGGCAUUAGAGAAAUAGUAGACCGCUUUUAUGGUUUUUCAGACAUUUAUCAAACUUCAAAGCAAGCCAAGAUCAGAGCACAGCUUCUUUUUUUCAAGUUAGAAGUCUUGUAUCUUCUAAAUCGGAAAAAGAUUCAAAGGCUUGCUACUGCACAGCGAUGUACAAUCAAUCUUUUUACUUCAGGUUAUCCAUCGUCUGCUAUGCUUCUUGGACAUGAAGAUGUGAUCGUUGAUGUUGAGGGAGAACGUCAGAACAUGCACAAUCUCCCAUUUACUGGAUUGCUUCAUAAAGUGUAUAUCUAUGGGAGAAAACAAAAAAUGAUGGCUUCAUAUAAAGACGGGAAAGAGAUAAUGUCUCCAGAUUAUCUUUUCCUUGGCAAGCCUUACCUUAGCGUGAAAUUCGGACUGGAUGAUGCUGAUAUCUUCACUCAUGAAGAAGGUAAGUUGAUAAACCAUAUUCGUGGCCCAUUGGAAGCUGAAUUCGAAGUCAAUUUAACAGAACGUGGAAGGGGAUUUGUGGAGCUUGUCAUUGUUGGGGAGUCUGCCGGUCUAGUUACACAAGUUAUGGACUCACUCGUGUUACUCUGUAUUCGACUAAAAUCUGAGAUAAUCUUGCAGAAAUAUAUGGAAAACGUUGGAGAGCAGAAAUUGGCUGAUGUGUUAAAAACGAGGCAGUGUCGUGGCAAUGAGGCUGGUGGGUAUUUCGUUGGCUGCUGGCUCACAGAUGACGAUGAGAGUGAUGAGGAUGAGGACGAAGAUGCAUGGUGUUAGCUAGUUAUUUCAAUGGUAGUUAGUUGAAUUCGGUCUCAAAUGAUCGAUAAUAUUAAUGGGAUGCCGCUUUUACCAUAACUUUUUGAACUGUUGUAUAUUACGGUAAGACUAUAUGGAUUUCUCUUCAUACUUUAAAACCGGCCCCAUGAUUUCUACUCCUAUACAUUUUUGAGGGGGGUGUAUUGUAGAUUCCACUCGAGAAUCAAGCUAAGAGAAUGUU